AUGGAAACAAGCGUAAGGAUUGAGCUAAACAAGGAAAUAUAUGUGUGUGGAGACGAGGUCAGAGGAACGAUUGAGAUAAAGACCAGGAAUCCACUCAGCAUCAGUAAAAUCAACUUGAAGUUGUUGAGAAAGAUGGAGAUGAGUAUACAACGAACCGAAGAGGGAAAGCAUGAAGGAGAUGUGUUUGAAGCAGUUGAUAGGAAUAUCAGCAAAUAUUGCUAUGAGUUUGAAGUAUAUACGAAUGAAGACCCCUUGGAGGAGAUUUCAAGCGGGCAUCACAGAUUUCCAUUCAAAUUUGAGCUUAGAAGGGAUGACGGAGGAUCAUCUGAUGUGAAGGGCGUGUACUUUGAUCUUUUAUGCAACAUAAAAGGAUCCUACUGUUUUCAUGCGGAUAUAUAUAUGUUUGGAAUCCAUAAUCCGGUAUACUCUGUAGAUAGAGAAAUGCAAGUAAUAGAAAGCAACGCAGAACCUAAAGCUUUCCACGCCACUGUUGAGAUCCAGUCUCCUAUUUGCUUUUUUGGAAGGAAAUACAAUGUAAGCUUUGAGUUGAACAAGCUGUUUUAUUUUUCUGGCGAUGCACUGGCAAUCAGAGCAUGUAUACCUUCAAGAACGCCAAAGAUAAAAUGUAUGGAGUGCUUUCUGUAUGAGAUUCUCAGCAUAUCAGCAAAUGGGCAGGAAGAAAUACGAACAAAGUAUAUUGCUGGUGGAGAAGGCGUGAACGAAGGAGAAGGAAGAGCAUCCACACUAUGCCUAAGAAUUCCAUCUACAACACCAUCUACAUUUACUGACAACGAAGUAGGAAUGAGGAUUGUAUUGUUUAUCAAUCUUGGGCUCAGCAAGGGAGCACCAAUUAAGAUCAAGAAGUAUCUGCAGGUAGUUAAGAAGCAAAUUGCUUAUGCAGAGAUCGACAGCAUUAAUGUGCUAGAGGGAGAAAUAUACCCAGAAAAGGUGUUUAUGCUCUCUUGA